UACAGGGGCGGCGAUGGCUUGGGGGGUGUCCUGCUGCCCGAGUCCCGUGCGGAGGCCUCUGCCCGGGCCUUGGGUCAGAUCGCAGCCAGGGCGUCCAGUCCCUGCAUUUGGCCUUUUUCCGGAGCGUCUCUGGCUGCUGCUUUCUCCUUCCCCGCCUCCCCCUGCUCAGUGUCGGGGUCUUCCCAGCGCGGAGGGCAGGCCCUGCACCUCGGCCUGCUCAAACCCAGCGCUGCAGAGUCUAAGUUGUUUUGAUGAUUCUUAAAGCAUCGGGACGACGAAGAGCGAUCUCAGUACCGGCUGAGCCUCCGAAAAACCUCAGUGCAUCUUAAAAGCGGAGGCUGUUGCUUUGUUCUUGUGGUUGCUGGGUGCGGGGUUCUCUCCCCUACCCCCCAUCCCGGCCGAAAGGGUUCGGGUCUCCCAUUGUUGUCGCUGUUUUAUUUUCCAUAGGCGUCUAGAGGCAGGCUGCGAAACCGUAUUGAGUUUACACACACAUUCUGGCAACUAGAUCUUUUUUCCCCCUCGGUAUCCGUUUUCGUAUUUUCUUUUCCCUAAAUGCCAUUUUAGGGAGCGUUAUUUCGCAAGUUUUCGAAAGUACAUACAUUGUGUUUAAUAUUUUUGUAAUGAAACGAAUUGAGGGGACAAGAAGGCCAAGAAAUGUUAGAAAACGCUUUGUCUUUGUAUGAUUGACAUUUCAGUUGCUCCCAUCCCAGUGUGUUUACUUUUUAAAUAGCAUGUGAAAGUAUAAAUUGGCGUUGAAAGUAGUAUAUAAUUACAGAAUUUAGAGACUUGAGACUUUUUAAUAAAUGAAUCUAUAUUUAGAUUUUUUUUUUUAAAGACGUGGUGUAUAUAUGUACAGGACACAUGAAAAAAAUGACCCGCACAAAUAGACUUAAGAUGUUGGCUUUGAUGUUUUUGUGACCAGCAAAUAUUGUUUGUGAUGAGUGCCUGGGUGUUCUAAAAACACAUGAAAAUAGGUCAAGUCAGUCUCAUUUUAAAGAGAAAACGGAAGAGUGAAAGCCACUUAGAAAUAGGUUUUGGAUGUGUUUGGUUUAGCCUUGUGUAUCUUAAAUUGGAGCAUUUUAUUAAGCCUAGUCUUUGAUUUAGAACUGUAAGUUGUGGGCAAAAUGAAAAUAAUGGUAGACACUUGAAGGUUUUUGUUGUGUAUUGGUUGUUAAAAUGGUGGUGGUGGUCUAAUCAGGAAAAUUAUGCUUUAAAAAGCUGGUCAUUAGAGAAGAUGAAGUAAUAAAGAAAUGGAGAUGUGUCAUCUGUCCACCAACUUGAAUUCUCAGAAGAAUGGGGCAAAUUUUUUUUAAUAAUUCAAAAGUGAUUUCCUGACUCAUUAGGGGAAAAAGAUAGUAUUAAAUCUUUACUUUUCACGAUAUUGAUGUGUUUAGGCAAUAGUAUGUAUUAGCCAUUUACUAGCAUGAAACAUCUGACACAGGGUUAGUUGAAAUUUGAAUGUUUUUUUCCCAGUGUAUUAACAGAAGAUGGUGAACCUUUUCCAUUCUCUUGUCUGGCUUCUGACUGUGCCUAAGUAACCUGAAUUUGUGAAACAACAUGCUGAAUUAGGAGCAAUAUUUGUGGCACAGGAUGAAGCAGCCUUAAAGAGAAAAUACUACAAACUGGCUGACCAGUAGUGAAGAUGAUGUUUCAUUUUUGUGGCAAGCAUCUGUGAGAUCUGUAAUAGAAAUGAUGGCUGGCUGUGGUGAAAUUGAUCACUCAAUAAACAUGCUUCCUACAAACAGGAAAGCAAAUGAGUCCUGUUCUAAUACUGCACCUUCUCUAACUGUCCCUGAAUGUGCCAUUUGUCUGCAGACGUGUGUUCACCCAGUCAGUCUGCCUUGUAAGCAUGUUUUCUGCUAUCUGUGUGUAAAGGGAGCUUCGUGGCUUGGAAAGCGAUGUGCCCUCUGUCGACAAGAAAUUCCUGAGGAUUUCCUUGACAAGCCAACCUUACUGUCACCAGAAGAGCUCAAGGCAGCGAGUAGAGGAAAUGGUGACUAUGCAUGGUAUUAUGAAGGAAGAAACGGGUGGUGGCAGUAUGAUGAACGCACCAGUAGGGAACUGGAAGAUGCUUUUUCCAAAGGUAAAAAGAGCACUGAGAUGUUAAUUGCCGGGUUUCUGUAUGUUGCUGAUCUUGAAAAUAUGGUUCAAUAUAGGCGAAAUGAACAUGGACGUCGCAGGAAGAUUAAGCGGGAUAUAAUAGAUAUACCAAAGAAGGGAGUAGCCGGGCUUAGGCUGGACUGUGAUGCUAGUACCGUAAACCUAGCGAGAGAGAGCUCUGCUGAUGGAGCGGACAGUGGAUCAGCACAGAGUGGAGCUGCCGUUCAGCCUGUAGUGUCUUCGUCUGUAAGGCCCCUGACGUCAGUGGAUGUUCAGUUAACAAGCCCUGCAACACCAUCCCCGGAUGCAAACACUUCUCUGGAAGACUCUUUUGCUCAUUUACAACUCAGUGGAGACAGCCUGGCUGAAAGGAGUCAUAGGGGGGAAGGAGAAGAUCGUGAGUUACCAUCUUUAGGCAGGGUACCAGCACCAGACACCUCCACUGAAGAAACUGAAUCAGACGCCAGUAGUGAGAGUGAGGAUGUAUCAGCGCUUGUUGCACAACAGUCCUUGACCCAACAGAGACUUUUGGUUCCCAGUGCAAACCAGACAGUAUCUGAUCAAUCAGAUCAGUCAGAAACUGGUGGAUCACUAGCAGGGGGUGGAACAGUGAGUGCCAGUGUCAGAUCUAGAAGGCCUGAUGGACAGUGCACAGUAACUGAAGUUUAAAUCAAGUCUUCAGUUCCAUGCUCAAGGUUAAAAUGGUUAUCUGUAAAUUUCUGCCCACAUAACAUACUCAUCCCUAGUAGUACAUUUUGGGAGUUGGGGUGGGAAAAGGGGUAUAGGAAGGAUAGACCUGUAAUUAAAAUGUCUAACAUGUCUCUGCUGAGAAAUUUAUUUAAUAUAAGGAACUUGGGUGUUAAUAGUUGAGAGCUGUUUAAUAAUAACCCAGUUUUCUUGAGGUCUGUUUAUUUUAGAGUUUUAAAAAAUUUCUUCUGUUCCUUUGGCCAGCGUGUGUGUAUUAUUACCUGUGCAUUAAUGGUCCCAUCCGACUUGGAUUUUGUGUUAAUUUUCUGCAUGGAUUGACAUAAAACCAUUACUAAAAUUUGGCACCUAUGAGAUGUCUGGUAUCAAUUUUAACAGGAAGCUUAAUGUGAGAAUACAUGUGAAUUUGGGAUUUUAAAAUAAACAAAACUACUUAAUAGUAAAGUUACUGAAAUGGAAAUGUAAAGAAAACACCUAAUAACUUAUGUUUCAUAAUCUUGUCUGUAACACAUUCAUUGCGUUCCCAUAGACUUUGCUAUGUAGUCCUUGUAGUUUGAAGUUUCUCUUGCUCUGCAGUUUUCUUUGGUUACAAAAUUUAUAAUUUAAUAAACACUAGAGUUUAUCAAAAA